AUGGCUGGUGUUGACCACGCCUACCAGUAUUCAGUCGAGGUGAAGAGCAGGUUCUCACUAUUUCUGGAUGAUACCUUGAAUAGUGAGGACCCGGAUAUCCUGCUAUCCAAAUUACAAACCAAACGAGCAGAGAAAACAAAGAAGGAGAAGUCUCAUGCUCAGCCACAGCAACAACAGCAGGCUACACCUGCCAAGGUUGAAACGGUAUUCAAGAGCGAGGCGAGAGCUGAUACAACAGUCCCGAAAGCUGCCCCCGGAUCUCCAAAGUCUCCAAGUGCAACAGAUCUACCACCGGUGUCAUCAGAGGAUGCACAGAACUUCGCAGUGAAGGAGACAGAGGAACUGACCAGUACUUUCGUUCGUGGCCGAGCGGUCUAA